GGUCUGACGUGUUUCCAGCUCUUCACAACAAGGAAGUGUUGACUCGAAGCUCUGCUUCACUCAUCACACAGAGAUACACAAUGAAAUACUCCCGUACAGAGUUAAAGUGCUGCACUCAAGACUACCCACUUAAGUAAGAUUGAAAGUCCACAUCAGACAGAGUCCAAAGUUCGAUUCUUCUGUGACUGGAUCAUUGUAGUUGAUUGACUCAUAUGAGCUGUGAUACAUGUUGGAUCAAGGUGGUUUCACAGCUUCAUAACCAUCAGUUGUUAUUUAUCUCAACAUUUAGAGAAACUAGCAGAUAACUUUUACAUUUUUUACGUCAUGGCCUCAGCUCCAGCACAGCAGCCGACCCUGACUGUUGAGCAGACCAGAGUGGUGCUCAGUGAGGUGAUCCAGGCCUUCUCAGUGCCAGAAAACGCCGCUCGGAUGGAGGAGGCUCGAGAGAGCGCCUGCAACGAUAUGGGCAAGAUGCUGCAGCUCGUUCUCCCCGUUGCCACUCAGAUUCAACAAGAGGUUCUUAAAGCCUACGGGUUCAACAAUGAAGGAGAGGGCGUCCUUAAAUUUGCCAGACUGGUGAAGAUGUACGAAACCCAGGACCCUGAAAUUGCGGCCAUGUCGGCUAAACUCAAGUCCCUGCUCCUGCCACCUCUGUCGACACCACCUAUAGGAGGCGCCAUUCCAGCUUCAUAGGAACUAAUUCAUAUGGUCAACUGCUUUUUUUUCGGUGACUUUCAUUUAAUGCUUUGAAUCUGUGUGACCAUGCCGCAACUUCAAGAUCAUGUCUAGAGAUAAUGGAAAAGUUAGUUAUAGUUGUGUUCCAUCAGUACAUUAAACACAUUACAACAAAUUACAUGUACAUUAUAAUUUCAUUUAAAGCAUCUUGUUAAGUUAUUGCUUUUGAAAUGUGUCAGUAUUUAUUUGUUACUCGAUGACCACUUUCUUAUGUCACUGAACCUUAAACAUUUCCUUUAAUUCCAUUUAUUACAUCGUUCUUUUAUACCAUUUUUAUAUUCUAUCAAAUGUAUCGACGUGUUUUUUGUUAUACAGUGGGGUCCAAACUGUAUAUUGAUAUUAAAGAGGUUUUAUGUGA